AUGUCUGCCGAUCAGUCCGGCUCGAUUGCGUUCCUCUUGGGACUCAAUGAGUUCCAAAGCGGCACACCUCAGAAUGACCAGAGCGAGACACAGCCGAAUCCUGCGUACGCCCUGCUGGCCGAUCUAAACUCGGUCCCUGCGAACGACGGCUCCGACGACGCCAUGACGACGUUUGCGAACCAGCUCUCUCUUUGGACGAAUGCGAGCUUCUCGUUCGAUGGGCCUAUGGGCCAUGCGCUCCUCGCGGAAGACGAGAAGGAGGGAAAGCCUACGCCCUCUGACGAGGAAAAGCGCGAAGAGGAGGAGCGUAACCGCCAGCGCGCUGCGUCCAGUGCACACUCUAACGCUGCGCGCGAGAAACUACUCGCCGUCGACCGCGAGCCCAGGUCGGUGCCCGAUGGGUUCGAUAUCGCGUCGUCGAUGCAGCUGCCGCCGCUGCCCAGUCACUCGGCGCCUCAACCCCAAGCUCCGUGGAUCGGUGCGCCUGGGCCAUCGCCCGCGCCCGCGCCCGCGCCCGCCGCGCCGGAAACUACACACGCAUCUGCGCGAGGUGGAGAGGCAGGUAACUGGGACCUCACGUCGACGCUGGCCCUUCAGUACCUCUUGAACAAGAAUCCGAGCGUGGUGGCGAACCUGUGGCAGGAGCAGAGCACGGUCGGCGCCCCAGGCGUUGCGCCAGGUGCCGCGCCGGCGGGAUCGUCGUCGGCGCCCUGGAUGCCCACGAACAUGCCGCCGCCGCCGCCGCCGCCGGCCGCCCCGGCCUCAUCGCAGCGCUCACCCAGUGCCACAUUGCGCAAGCGCAGCUCGUCGUCCGUGGAAGCGCCCCCAAGCGCUCCCGAGGAGAGUGUGUCCCCCGAUGCGACGAGUCAGGCUGGCGCCAGUGGCACGCGCGUUCGCAGCGCUGGCUCGUCGCUCUCCGAGCGAGUGAAGCUGGUAGACACAGGCAACCCCGAGGCGGAUGCGGAAGCGAACCGGCUCGCGAUUGAGGAGGACAAGCGGCGGCGUAAUACGGCGGCCAGUGCCCGCUUCCGCAUCAAGAAGAAACAGCGCGAGGCGGCUCUGGAAAUGUCCGCGCGCGAGCUCGAGUCGCAGGUGAACGAGUUAAAACAGGAGAACGAGCGUCUCCGCACUGAAAAUGAGUGGCUGCGCCGCCUCAUCACGGUGCGGCCCGAGGGCCUAUCUGCCGUCAUGGGCGCUCCCGCUGGACAGACGUCGUACCCUGGCCUCAUGCCGCACCUGGGCGAUGCGGCACAGCCGCCAGUUGGCCCGAGACCCGAUACGCAUGGCUAA